AUUAACAUCAACGAGCAGCAUGGACAUUUCCAGCUAUUUCGAUGAAGUUCGACGUAUGAACAAGCGCCAGUUGUAUUACCAAGUACUCAAUUUUGGUAUGAUCGUCUCGUCUGCACUCAUGAUAUGGAAGGGACUGAUGGUUGUAACGCACAGCGAGAGUCCCAUCGUUGUCGUGCUCAGUGGCAGUAUGGAGCCGGCAUUCUUUCGUGGUGAUCUUCUUUUUCUUACAAACUAUCAGGAUGAUCCAUUACAGGCAGGGGAGGUUGUCGUCUUCAAGGUUGAAGGUCGCGAGAUUCCGAUUGUGCAUCGAAUUAUCAAGCUGCAUGAACAGAAGGAUGGACAGAUGAAGUUUCUGACGAAGGGAGAUAAUAAUCAGGUGGACGACAGGGGACUGUAUGCAAGCGGACAGAUGUGGCUAAAGAGGAAAGAUGUUGUAGGACGAGCGAGAGGGUUUCUACCAUACAUAGGGAUGGUUACUAUUAUUAUGAAUGACUAUCCAAGUUUCAAGUAUGUGUUGCUGAUUGGUCUUGGGUGCUUUGUUCUUCUCAACAGAGAAUAGCUGAUACUAUAUGACUGUGUAUGUAGAGUUACAGAUGUGCCACAUUGACUGAGUUUGCUGCGACUACAGCUCGUUUUCAUUGUAUGGAUUUUUCAGACAGAAAAUGAACGUUGUCGACAUUUGUGUUGGUUGUGGUGGCUCUUGUCAUGUGACUGUUUAGUGAUGGGAUUUUGACAUUGAUUUAAUUUAAAGUCAAUGAGGUUUAGAGUA